AGUUGGUAAACAUUUAGUGUGUGUGUGUUACUGUGUGUACUCUCUCUUCUCCUUCAUCACUCUAAACCCACAUGCUCUGUUUCAUUCCACCACCAAAAACCCUUAAUUCAUUCACAAAUUUCUUCAUAAACUCAAACCCAUCACUCUUCAUGCAUUUGCUCCCCUCAAACCCAACAAUUUCCCCCUAAUUUCCAUCAUUUUGUCUUUGAUUGAUUUCCCCCCAAAACCCUACACACUCUGUUUGUUUCAGUUUCAGAUUGUUGAUCAAUGUGAGUGGAUAAAAUUAAAAUAGCAUAUCUUUGGAUUAAAAAGAAAGUAUUUUUAUUGGAUCUUUGAAGAUUGUUGUGAAAGUGUUAAGAAGAAUGCUGGAAACUGAGCUCUAUUCUUCUAGAAUCUUCUCGCACUUCCGUGAAGAUUAUGGCGAUGAAGAGCUUUCUGUUCUUCCAAGGCAUACGAAGGUUAUCGUUACCGGAAAUAACCGAACAAAGUCGGUUUUGGUUGGUCUUCAAGGCACUGUGAAGAAAGCUGUUGGUCUUGGUGGCUGGCAUUGGCUGGUUUUGAAGAAUGGGGUGGAAGUAAAGCUACAAAGGAAUGCAUUGAGUGUUCUUGAACCUCCAACAGGCGACGAAGAAGAUGGCGAUUUCGAAUUCGAUAAUUCUAGCUGUGGCUCAGAUGUUGGCGAAAAAGAGAACAUAUUCUCUGCUGCUAUGGAGUUUAGCAAACCGAGCAAGCCCAGGGUUCGGUACACAAGACCGUGGAGCCCAUCUGCAUCGGUGAAGCCUCUUAAUCGUAGUGGUUGCAGAGAAAAUCAUACCAAUAAGCAUUCAUGUCAUUCGAAAGUCAAUUUCGCAAAGCUUGGAAGCAACACACUCGGGCGAUAUUAUAGCACCUUCAACCUUGGAAACAUUCAUUCAAAUCCUACAAAGGAACAGCUGGUUAACGCUAUCCAAAAGCAUUUUGCUUCACAGCAAGUGAGUGAAGUGGAAGUGAUAAUGGAGUUCAUUCAUGCUGCAAAGAGACAAAAAUCUGGAAGAACAAAGAGGGAUCGAAGUUGAGUGGUCCGAUAUAACAACUGUGUAAUCUAAUCGUAUGCUAACUGAUUUAGCUCUUACUUAGGAACCAAGUAACCCGAGAGAUAGGGACGUUUAAUUGUCAAUCGAUGUGUUUGAUCUUUAACCCUGUAAUUUGUUCGUGUGUCGGUUUAUAAGUUUAGAUCCUCUAUAUCAUAUCCAUGAUGAAUGUGUUGAAAACAUCUUUUGGAGUG